AUGGAAAGGGGAAACCUCACCCAGGUCUCUGAGUUCCUCCUUUUGGGCCUCUCAGAAGACCCUAAGCAACAACAGCUGCUGUUCAUACUCUUCCUGAGCAUGUACCUGGUCACAGGACUGGGAAACCUGCUCAUCAUCCUGGCCAUCGUCACUGACACCCGACUCCACACCCCCAUGUACUUCUUCCUGGCCAACCUGGCCUUUGUGGACAUUUGCUUCACUACCACCACCAUCCCCAAGAUGCUGGUCAAUCAUGUCACAGGACACAAAGAAAUAACUUAUGCUGGCUGCUUGACCCAGAUGUUCUUCUUCAUCUGGUUCGCUGGCAUUGACAGUUUCCUGCUGGCUGCCAUGGCCUAUGACCGCUAUGCUGCCAUCUGUCACCCUCUGCACUAUGCCACAUCUGUGACACCACAGCUGUGUAUCCUCCUGGUGGCAGCAUCCUGGACCUCAGCUUUUGGGAAUUCCCUGACUCACACACUAUCACUAACUCGCCUCUCAUUCUGCACCCACAACCGUGUUCCCCAUUUCUUCUGUGACCUCAGCCCUCUGCUCAAACUGGCCUGCUCUGAUAUUUUUCUCAACAAUGUAAUGGUGUACACGGUGGGUACUAUGACUGUUAUCACACCCUUUGUGGGUAUCUUGAUCUCCUACACAUGUAUUUUUGCUGCAGUUCUGAGAAUCCCAUCCAAGAGAGGCAAGCAGAAAGCAUUCUCCACCUGUGGCUCUCAUCUCUCUGUGGUGUCCCUGUUCUAUGGUACACUCAUUGGGGUUUAUUUCAGUCCUAUGUCCUCCCACACAGCCCAAAAGGACACAGCCUCUGCAGUGAUGUAUACUGUGGUCACUCCCAUGCUGAACCCCUUCAUCUAUAGCCUACGCAACAAGGACAUGAAAGGUGCCUUGGGGGCCCUCAUCAGUGGAAAGCCAGCUCCCACUUAG